AUGCUGCACAUAUUUUCUGAAAGUAAUUAUUUAUCUGAUUGUAUUCAUUAUCUUAUUAAUUAUAAUAAGCAAAUUGAAAUUGCUCAUAACGAUAUUAAUAAUAAAUAUCAAGAAUUACAAAUAAAACGUGAAACUAUAAAACGUUAUAAACAAGAAUUGCAAUCAAUGAAAUAUUUAUUCAAAAUAACAUUUAAAGAAAAACAAAUACAAUAUGAUCAAUUACAACAUGGAAGACAAUGUCAAGUAAAUGAUAUGAAAAGUUUAUUAAUAUUUGGUCGUAAAGUUAUUGUUAAACAUGAUGAUGUUGUUCCAGAAAGAAGUAAAUCAUAA